UGACGAGUAUGGUUCUAGAGGACCUUCAGGUUUCUUGAUACGUCUAUUUCAAGCAUGGAAUCCUCACCUCUAAUUCUAGCCCAUGACCAUGCUCGAGCCGCCUCUGUCGCAACUCAAAGCUCCGAUACAACCGUCGCCAUCAACCAACAUGUUCUUGCGGCUGGGGAAUUUGCGAGGGCGGCGUCAGGGACCGGAAGUGCAGAGGCCUUGAGGACCUUGAGACUGCUGGAGCAGUAUCACCAAAGGCUCUCCGAGCUUCUUCGAUACCCUUCCGAGAAUCCACCCAGCUCUACGUCUGCAGAACCUGAGAUCCAAGCUGUUGCAGAGAAGCCUCUUUCAACAUCUGCGGCGGUGGCAGAGUUGCGUGCCUCGAAAUCUGACCUAGGACCUCGUGCCCACCCACCGAGUCUACAGCAUCCGCGACGUCUUCCUCCUCGCGAUCUAAGCUCCUCCAUUGCCAGUAACCUUGCUUCAGCGAGAGGGAUACGUGCAAAUUAUACCCGUCAACCCUUGUCUCCAAGUGUUUCUACGCAUCAAGCUCCCGGCAGUUUAGAGGCACUCCCGCGGAGAGAUGGCAAGCGGUCAAAAGUUCCUAGCAUUCCGGAACAUGCUCAACCAAGUUGGGUUCCACCUACUCAAGCUGGCCCGAGAAAGUCAGAACCUCAAGCAACGACGCCCAAAACAUCUGCGGUCGCCGAGCAGGCAUCAACCUCGACUGAUGAAGGCUUUUCGCGGUUCUACAAUACUUUUGAAAACAUACUCUCUAAGCUGUCCGCCCCUCUUGCCUUCGCUGGUCUGCCUUUGAUCUCCGAAGACGGUCCUGCACCUCCAGCACCAGAACCAGCCUCCUCAAAGAAACGCUCUUCGAGGAGUAAGGAACGGACCGGGUCCGAUCCAGAUCUCACAAAAUACAUCUCUCGGGCGGCACUUCGAGCAUCAGCUCGCGAUGGUCAAUCUGGCAAUGACUCAUUUUACGUGGUGCCCACAACUGGCCACACUGUCUCAUAUGCACAAAUAAUGUCUUUCGACCAGAAAGAAAAGCGAAGAUUGGCAGCCUCUAUCCACAGCGAGAACCCUGACCUAUUCAGUGACCCUAAUGAAGAGGAUGACUUUGUCGAUGCAAGGGAAACCCCCAUGCCGACAUCGCCGAGCUUUACGAGGAAGGGCAGUACUCGUAAACUGAGUGGGAGGGACCUGGAAAAUAAAGUUGAGGAACUGGACAUGGAGAACAAGAGUUUGAAGGACUGUAUCGACAAACUAAGCAAGCGACUUCACGCAUUCGAGAUGUCCGCCCAGCAGAGCAGUAUGGCUUUGCAAGAAAGCAUGAGGCUGAUGCGCCCGAUGAGUCCGGCAAGAGAACACGUGUCUGGCCGCGGUGGUGAUGAGGCGUUGAAACGUAGAGUGCUAGAGUUGGAGGAGCACGUUGCCUUGGGUGGAAAGGAGGUCGACCGUUUAGGAAAGGAGAACGAGAAGUUGAAGACUGUGGUUGCAAGGUACAGGGAGAGAUGGGAGAAGCUGAAGGAGGGCGCAAAGACCCGGAGAGAAGGCGGUGCGGGGAAGGAGUCCCCAAAGGUGGAGCAAGGCAGAUAGGAAGCAGAAGGGGGCCACUUGAGGACUAGUAGUUGAGACCACGAGCCGAGACAAUCGCUAGGUAAUCCAGGGUGCUUAGUGAUAUCUUACAUCAAUUACUUUGUCAUCUGUGUCUCGAACGUUGCUGGUUAAUUGCAAAUUUGUCGCAGAGCCGCAAUAGCAAGGUUUCCUACAAAUGAUUGCCAA